GUUAAAACUGUUGGCGCCGGCGCCAGCUGAGCUAUUUCUGAGCAGAUCAGCUACUAGGGGAUAUAAGUAAUUGAAGAAGAUGUCGAGACGCAGUGAUCGUUUGCAAGCCAAGCAAGCAAAAUCAGAGGAACAAAAGGAUGACACUAUCCAGUCAAAGAAAAGGAAACCUGAAGAAUGUAGUGAUCAUAACCAUGAAACAGAAGUGAGCAAGAGAAGGCGACAGUUCCAGAUACAGAGUUGCUGGGCACCCAUAGUACCUGGAGGAGUUAGUCCUUGCAUCCUCAUCCCCACACCACAUAAAGAGACUGAUAUCACUGAAGAUUUCUCCAGGUUCACACAAUAUAGGUUUAAAAACCUGUUCCUAACUAAAUCACCGCUGCCGCCGCUCAGCUGGGGAAACUCUGAAGAUGUGUGGUCUAAUAUGUUGAAUAAAGAAGCCAAGUAUACCCACGACAAAAAUGUUCUUUCACUACACCCAUCCUUGCAGCCAAAAAUGAGAGCAAUAUUACUGGAUUGGCUGAUAGAGGUUUGUGAGGUUUACAUGCUCCAUAGAGAAACCUUUUACCUGGCUCAGGAUUUUUUUGAUCGGUUCAUGUUUACUCAAGAAAAUAUUCAUAAAAGCAAGCUGCAACUCAUAGGCAUCUCUUCACUCUUUAUUGCUGCAAAGCUGGAGGAAAUCUACCCUCCAAAAUUGAAUGAGUUUGCAUAUGUCACAGAUGGUGCAUGUACAGAAGCUGAAAUACUUGAUAUGGAAUUGAUUAUUCUAAAGGCCUUAAACUGGGAACUGUGUCCAGUGACUAUUAUUUGCUGGUUGAACCUUUAUCUUCAAAUAAUUUGUUUAAAAGAAGUACCCAACAUGUCGCUGCCUCAGUAUUCUCAAGAAACAUUUAUACAGAUUGCUCAGCUUUUAGAUCUAUGUGUCCUUGAUGUUGAGAGUUUGAGUUUCUCGUAUGGUGUGCUGGCUGCUGCUGCUGUUUGCUACUACACAUCUAUAGAAGAUACUUUCAAAGCUUCAGGUCUGGAAUGGGAGAGCAUUUCAACAUGUUUUAACUGGAUGGUCCCUUUUGCUAAGACACUGAGGGAAGGCGAUCCAUUAAAAUUAAGAGAUUUCAAGCAAGUGGCAGAUGAAGACAGACAUAACAUCCAGACACAUACUAAGUACUUGGAUAUGCUGGAGGUGGCACAUAUCAGGAAAACAGAUUGUACAGCAAGGCUAUCCCCUGUAGCCAUAGGAGGGAUCUUGACUCCGCCUAAGAGCACCGAAAAGCCUUUGUCCAGUUCAGCAUACUGAAUGGGUGAAUUUACUGGAAGAGAAAGGACAGUUAGGACAGAAAAUGCCAGAGAACUAUGGAAUUGAAUACUCUGAGCAAGAGCUAUAUUACUGCCACUGAAGGCAUCUGGAAACUUUAGCAGACCAAAGUUUAACUUUAGAAAAGAUAACUUCAGCAAUACGUCAUCUGAUAUUUUUAAAUUGUUUUUAAGAGUGAGCAAGCUAGGAGCUCACUCCAGAACACUUCACUUCUGCCCAAAAGACCAAUCUGUUGGGUCUAUUUGGGGGGAAGGGAAAUGUAUACUUAAACAAAAGCCAGUGAAGUCUAUUGAUGGUAAGACAGAUUUUCUGUUCAGUCUGCUCAUUUUAAGAAAGGCAACUUAUGCCAAUCCAUUUAAUUACAAUUAUUUCAUUCAGAAGAAACGUGCAUGCCUGUUAAUUCUGUCUGGGGUGGAAGUCCAGUGAAGAAGCAAUUUCAUCGGAAAGUCCAGAAAGUAGAAUUAUUAGAUUUGAAUUAUUUUUGGCAGAAAGUUACAUGAAACUGAACUGUGAAAUUGUGUAAUGUAGAUGAGUGAUUAAAUAAGCAAGGGACCACAUACUUCGCUUUCAAGUUUACAAUGGGGGAGACAUUCUACAACUUGCAGCUAGCUUUCAUUUGUUUUUCCCCUCCCAAUAUUAACAAUUAUAGUUCAGCCAGCAUGUUGUUGAAGAACCUUAUUCAUCACCAAUGGAUGUCUUUACAUACAAUCUUAAACUACCAUUGUCAAUGACAAAUGCUCACUUGGGUGUAGUUUCAGUCAGUAUAGGCAAAUAUUUAAAUUACUUUCUACCACAUUCCAUUAUUUACACAAGAAACUUGUUGGAACAUUUUUUAUGCAUGCUGGCACUGUAACAACUCUACAUAAUAAGCAGUUUAUUUUUUAAAUGCAGGGCUAUGGUAUUUGUUCCUGCACUGGUGCUGUUUUCCUCUUUCAGGGUGGUUAAAUCCUGGACUAAAAACCAAGCAGAUGAUCAAAUGAGGUAGUGGUUUCUUGCUGAGGGAGACUAUCUGCAAAGCCUCCAAGAAUUACAAGCGCUUUGCAGCUAAGUGAGCGGGUGGAGUUCUUAGUUUGGGCUCCAAUUUGUAUAUACUGCAAUGUCUAAAUAGGACCAUGUACAAUAAGAUGUUAUAUAGUUGGUAUAUAAACUAUAAGCAUUUCACAGCAAAUCUCACCCAGCUGAGAAUUAGAUAACAGAAAAAUGAAAUCUCACUGCCAAAGAGAAACCUACAUGAAUUUAAUGUAUUAUUGUAAAUAGCAUUGUAAAAAUGUACAGAAAAUUACGUAGCUACUGAUGCAUAGCUAUCCAACACCACUAUAAAAAUACAAUGUUUUCCUAUGGUCAAAG